AGUUAUUUAAAGAUGGCGGAUAAAUUUGAGCAAUUAGAACAGCAGCUAGAACUUUUUAUUGAACAUUCUCGUCAAUUAGGAAUUAUGGUGGCUGAUUUUCAGCCACAGAGUCAAGAAGUAUUAAACAAGAAACUAAAUAAUAUGAUAACAGUCAUGAAAGACUUAGAUCGAAUGAGAGGAUCAGUACAAGAUGUGCAGGUUCCAGUGGAUGUUUUUGAGUACAUUGAUCAAGGUCGAAAUCCUCAACUAUAUACUAAAGAAUGCAUGGAAAAAUCCAAAGCAAAAAAUGAAGAAGUUCGUGGAAAAAUUGAGGCUUUGAAUAAACUUCGAGGACAUCUUAUGGUUGAACUAAACAAGACAUUUCCUCACGAGCUAAAUAAAUACCGAGCGAUGAGGGAAGAGAGACAGUAG